AUGAUAAAAAGAGGAAGACAACCCCCCUCCUGCUACACAAAUGUCGCCACUUCCCUUCCUCAAAGGUUCAGGAAGAAAGAUGAAGAUGUUCAGUUCAAGAAAUUGUGGACAUGUUUAAGCAAUUACACAUCAACAUCCCGUUUUGUUGAAGCAUUAAAGCAGAUGCCUAAGUAUGCUAAGUUUCUUAAGGAUGUUCUCUCCAAGAAGAAGAGAUUUGGUGAAUUUGAAAUAGUAGCCCUUACUGAAGAUUGUAGUGCCAUCUUGCAGCGAAAGCUCCCACCCAAAUUGAGAGAUCCAGGCAGUUUUUAUAUUCCAUGCAACAUAGGCAAACACUUCAAUGGAAAAGCCCUAUGUGAUUUGGGAGCAAGUGUUAACUUGAUGCCUCUAGUAUUCAAUCGAUUAAAUUUGGGUGAAGCAAGGCCAACAACUGUUACAUUGCUCUUUACUGAUAGAAGUAUCUCAUAUCCAAAAGGGAUUGUAGAAGAUGUCUUGGUGAAGGUAGAUAAAUUCAUAUUCCUAGCUGAUUUCAUUGUGUUAGACUGUGAGGUAGAUUGGAACAUUAUUUUGGGACUGCCAUUCUUAGCUACUGCAAGAACCCUCAUUGAUGUAGAAAAGGGUGAGAUCACCAUGUGA